GACCAGCCUGACCAAGUCGACCACUCGGGCAACGCACGCCCGCGCCGCCCCGGCCUCCCCCCCGGCGGCUCGUCUUACCGCUCCUCCACCCAGGGGACGCGCCGCCAGAACCAGCCCACUGGCAGCCAGCGCGGCAUGGCGGACGUGUCGAGCGCCGCAGCGCUCACCGCCCAUUUCCGCGCCUAUGUCCGCCAGCUGAACCAGCGGCUGCCGAGCACUCUGCGCCUUUACCUCGCUCCGCGCGUCACCUAUAAUGGACGGCGCAUGAGCGCAGAAUCGUUUGCCGCACUCGCUAGCCCGCCGGGCGCAACGGUGGCGAGCGAAAUGGUCGUUGCGGACGUCAGCAAACGCCUCCUCGCGGCCCGGAUGGAAGUUGAGCUCAAUCAUCCCACUCCAAGCACUCCCGUGGUCAACAGCGCAGAUGCGUCACCGCUCGAGAGUCCACAGAGUGACGAGGUACGGCGUGGGAGCAGCACAUCUGUGGAGCACAUUCGCGAACACGUUUUCUAUCAUUUCGACGAGCAGUGGCGCAUCGACGAGGUGUGGAGCGUCGCUGAGCCCCGUCCCCCAAGCCCCAAAGGCCGUGCCGACAAGGGUCGCGAGAGGCAGGAGCGCAGGCGUCUGAGCAUUCCAUCGUCAGGUCUGGAGGAGUACCGCUUCUGAGAGAGGACGUUUUGUAUUUACGCUCAACUAGAGUAGCAGUUGCCUUUCGGUGCUCUUCCAACCUGUAUCUAGACUCAGCAUAGUAGAUAACGCGACGUCGAGCGUGUACUGAUACUUGCGGAUCCGUGUCAACUGC